AAGCGGAGAAUCCGUGAACCAGUCUAUGGCCAAAUCAAGCUCCUCCCCAGCGCGUGACACCUUCGUUUCACACUCGGUAGUAUCGCGAGGGCUCCACGAACGUGCUAUCGCUGUGAGGAGGUGGAGAACCGUCCUUCACAGUACAACCUUUGACCCGUCAUAGAAGUUCAUGUUGUGAUCAGGACGCUGAACGGGUGAUCUGGGUGUUUGGAAGGACAUUUGGUUGUUUUGCAAAUUUGAUUACAUUCUAUCCAAGUACCUGCAGAUGAAAUAUCACAAGACAGGUUGGGUGUGAGGGUGGUCUGCCCUGGCUAGCAGCAUGACAGCGAAGAGUUAUGCCCGGAGCAUCGAACUGCCAACAGAGAGCAUAUUUAGGAACCUCAAACAUGCUCGGAGAUUUGCUAUUGAUAUAGGAGGCUCCCUAGCUAAGCUGUCCUACUGUUCUACAGUCAGCAGGAGGACAUCCAUGGUGUUUGAUGAACCAGAGCAGGAUGAUGCCAGUCAUAUAUACAACAUCUCUGAAACAGAUGAAGUGAUUGUUCGACUACAUUUUGUCAAGUUUGAAACCAAGUACAUUGAGACAUGCCUGGACUUCAUACAGGGGAACUUGAUUCAGUCCAAGGACUUCAUGAAGGACAAGUACAUCAAGGCCACAGGAGGCGGGGCCUAUAAAUACAAGGACCUCAUCACCAGCAAGCUGGGAGUUCAGGUUGACAAGGAAGAUGAGAUGGAUUGUCUGAUCUGUGGCUGCAACUUCCUCCUGAAGAACAUCCCCGAUGAGUCCUUCGUGUACCAGCGCCAUGGCAACCCCGACUACAAGUUCCAGGGUGUCAGCACAGACAUCUUCCCCUACCUGCUUGUCAACAUUGGCUCUGGUGUCAGUCUUAUCAAGGUGGAGUCUGAGAACAAGUUUGAAAGGAUCGGUGGAACGUCAACGGGAGGUGGGACCUUCUGGGGGCUGGGCUCACUCCUCACAGAGAGGCCAGGGUAA